CAUGACUGUGAUGUCUCCUCGUGGCACCAUUACACAUCCAUCGAGCUUUCGCUUCAAGGCACCACAGAUACUCCUGAAGGAUUAGGUUCCUCCUGCUGAGAUGUCGAGACAGAGCGGGCCUUGCCUCGCGAAUUGUUGAGAAGAACUAGCGAUUGACAGACACGAUGCUAUAAGAGUUGAUGGGGUCGGCCUUCAAGAGCAUCGUCUGAUCUGAGUUUUCCCGCCCUUUGAAAGAGUCUUGGCUCUUUCUCGUGCAUAUAAUACAUCGCAGCAGUAAGUUGUCACACUGUAGCAGUAGGUACCAUGGGGGUGUCGCUGUCAGAGCGAGCAACUUUGUUUUGAAUUACAGGCAAAAUCUAAAAGGCUGACCUUGGCCAAGAUGAACGCCUGGCAAGCGUUCUCAGCUAUGGCGUCGGAGACUGGACAGACACUGUCUAGAGGCGGACGUGCUUACCUAAAGCAGAUUGACACGCUUUUGGCCUCAAACCAUCUCAAUGUUGCGAGCUUUCGGAGUCAUCGUGCCCACCUAUCAACCCCGCUCCAACAUAAUUUUUCCCACAACUCGCAUCAAUUCUCGCGCGUCGCAUUUGACAGUAGCAUCCUCAGCAAUGUCGUCCCAGGAUAUUGUAGUACGCGAGCCAGUCCUGCUUCCGCUAGAGGACUACCUAGGAGCAACACCCAUACCACAUUUACCUCUUGAAAACACCGACAAAUUCUAUAAACUCUACAUGGAGAGGGAUGACGGUAUCCUCUCACUUUACAACAGGCCCGGUGACGCAAACUUUGGCCACUGGGGAGGAACCUGGUGUCAAGCUCUUCCAGAUGAAGCCGACAAGCCGCCAAUGUGCCAGUACAUCAACGAGUCGCUAGAUAACAUUGCACCGGUUGUGCUCCCUCAAGAACGAUGGAUGCGCCGCGCUACCGACUACCUGACCCAUCUAUGCCCAUACGCAUAUAUGCAAGUCCAAUGUCGCGAGAUGAUGAAGAUCUGGCCAGUCGACCAGAUGCCUGCGUGGGUGCCUGUUCUCAGAGAGCGCUGGCUGAUCGUCAAACGAGCCAAGAAAGAGAACAGAGAUGCAUGGGAGACUUGGUUGCAGAGAGGCGAGAGCAGCAACGACGAAAGCCUGCUGCAGGUGGCCAGAAAAGAGCGGGAACAAGAGGCUCGCCGUCUACGAUAUCAGGAGCUUGCGAAGGUGCGUAAUCGCGAUCAGUUGAUUGCCAAGCAUCAAGCAAGGCGCGAGUACGUUGCAGUCGUGCGGGCAGCCGAGAAAGAGCGUGAGCAGCAACAGAGGGAGUAUAACGAAGCCAAUCCUUUCACAUAUAUGGACCCGAAGAUAUGGAAAGCAGAAGCGGCAGCCGAAAUCCAGCUGUUGUGUCAGCAGCUGGAACUUGACAGCCAGAAACAACAUCGGCCACCCCUACUUCUUCAUCAACUCGGCGAUGAUCCUCUUCAACCUUCUUCCAGGAAGAUAACCUCUGCCAACCAGUCCAAUGAACAAGUACAGGACGUAUCCUCACCUCCCAAGGAUCGUCAGAGCAGCACCGAGAACACUUCAGAGCCCGAUCUAGGACGACCCGUUACGCCAACUUUGAUGACCGCCGGCGACUCCGCUAGCCGCUCUACAGACUCUUCUGAUUCUUCCUAUUCUCCUACGCAGAGUCUGGAAGUCGUCAAGAAAGGAAUCAGGAGUCAACUUCGUGACAAAGGCAGGAGAGUCUCCGGACAGGCCAAGGAACUUGCUAUGCGUUAUCGACUGGCUUCUUUCAUGGACCCAGGAGAUAAGAAGAGACAGAAAAAGGAGGAACAAGAGAAGACCUCCAAGGAUAGCCUGGCACAAGCGUCGCCAUCUCAAAAAGGCAAACCACAGUCAUCUGCCACCGGAAAGAAGGGAGGAUGGCUUCGGCGAGGUAACAUGGACAUGGUCUGAAUGCAUACACGGGAAUGGGGAAAUGUCAAGUAUGGGAACUAGGUGGAAGUCAUAGAGUAGGAAGGGCAGUAAAUCUCAUCAACCAACCAUGGUGAACCUGCUUACUGCUAGCUCCUUUGGUCUGAUCUCACGGACAAUCUGAGUCAACGUCAUACGUAAACACUCC